UGAACGCCUCCGCGAUUCGCUUCAUUUCAUUUUCAUCCAACUUGGGCGUGCCGGAGCGGGCUUCAGGGACAAACUUUGCCAGGAGGUCUUUCACCGUCUUGGCCGCAAUAGUUUGUGCAAGAGGUGGAGACACGCGUGUACGCCCGUAUGCUCUUCUGAUCUCCACCCGUACCAAUCCAUGUAUCUCUCGCUGGGAGGCCUCGAGUUAGAGUGUGGCUUUGUUGGGAUAGUCGUCCAGUAUCCACGCAUCGAGAAGAUUUUUCUUCGGCGAUGCGUCUGCUCCAAGCUUCCCGCUCAUCUGAGCAAAGACACUGUCGUCCACGAACGCGGCCAAAGCCUGGGGAUCCAACUGGCUGGACAUGUCCAUCUGCAGCAGCACAGCAGUACACAGUCAGCAAUGCGGCAGUAGUAUCAUGACGAGGUUGGCAAGGGCGCGGGCAUGCCUGCUAGUCCCGGUGGGCGGUGGCGCUACAGGACAAGGCUUGGAGGGGAAAUGUGGAAAUGGCCGGUUGGAUUUUUCUUCCCUCAGUUUUGUACCAGAAACACGGUACCGCAUCUACGUGAUAUACAGUGCGCGCCGAAAUUAUAACCGCACCCCAAAAAUUAUUUUUUUAAACCAAUGCGAUAGAAAACAGAUGCAACAAUCAGAAUCGAAAAAGCUGUAACCGUUUUUUUGCAAUGGACGAAAAACCGACUUUGGGUCGGGUCAAAAUUAUAGCCGCACCCGGUAAGCUAUCGGUAAGAUUGGUAACAAACUCGUGGAGAGCUGUUUCAAGCGUAAUAAAUGAACUAACUCCAUUGAACAGCUCAAAUAACGCCUACCGGUACAGUAAAGUGCGUCGAUAAGGAACGCCUGAUAUACAUUGAAAGAAAAAGGUAUAUUGAUAAUUAAAGGUUUGACUCGUCACAUGCAGACAGCAAAUGCACUGAUUUACUGCAAUAUGUAGUUCAUGUCGGACUUCGCGACCAGAGUCUCGGCUUGAGCCCACGCAGCCAACUCAGCAUAGGUAGCACCCGGUAGAUCACGACGGCGAUGACAGAUUAGCAGCGACUGAAGCUUGGUCAGACGUAGCCGCCUCUCGAACGGUCUGGAAGUGGCGGUCACCAUGGGAGUUGUGAGCAGCAGAGCGAAAGUUGGUUAAUGAGGCAUGCAGACAUGUACCUGGCGCGAUUCCCGCGCUCACAGCGAUCCUCAUGCUCAUGAUUCCCUCUCGCGACCUUUAGGUUCCAUUUUCCCCGACUUGGGAGCCGCUCCAUCCAGCCGCUCUUGAGGCUCGGUUUCGGAACUGUGAUUGGCGGAAUGUUAAACGGGACCGAAUGAUUGGUAGAAUCAUAUAACUAAUUCAGUACAAUUGGCACACAAUGGGUACAAGCGAGGAUUCAUGUCUUGUCGUAGAAUAUAAAAUGUCGCCCGUUCCUUAUCGACGCACUUCACUGUAGUAAGCUGCUCAAAUAAGGUUAAGCUGACGCGGUUGAUAAGAUUCAAUGGAGACACGCACUAUCUUGAAUUUGUAUAGAAGAGUGGUAUUUGACAGUGUGGAGAGGUCUAUACUCGUAAGUUGAGGCUGUCAGCUGACUAGUGUCUUCAUUGGCGUCUAUUCAACAUGGUAGCGAUGCUGGGCUUGCUCAGUUCAGCAACAUGUACCAGAAAACUCGAUCGAUUUUUUUCCGGGUCAAUACAAAUCCUUUAUACUUGAUGUUUGUAUUGGAAAGCACCGCCAAACCCAGUCACAAAUUUCAAUCAAGUCUAGUCCCGUACAGUGCGUAGUUUGGUAAAUACAUGGCUACGUAUCAAAAGUAGAGUAUUUCUUCCUGAAAAUAAUGCCCGAGUUGCUUCCAGAAUCCUCCUAGUGUUGUCUCGGAAGUCCGGCCAAGUUGCCACCAAGUGUUUAGUGCGCUUUAUGGUAUUAAUAAAUGUGCGAACAAUAACUUCGGCGAUGCGGUACAUACCAUAGGUAAGAUACGACCACACGGGCCGCAUCGGCCCCAGCCGGGCGGCGUCCUGGUAGGUAGAGCAGUAAAGACGACGUAGACAGCAAAAGACGUGCUACUUCCGUAAGACUGCAAGGUGAAGCGUACUGGAGGUGGCUGCGUACUCUCAAGUAAAACAAAUUGUUGGUAGUUAAAACUAGUUGCUGCAGGCACCAGGCACGUACUGUUACUGCCUCCGUGUGGGCUUGGGCGUCUUGUUGGAUCACUUGGCGCGUUUAGUGGGACGGCUUCUUCACCCUCUUGGUUUUCACGUGCUCGUUUCUUGGAUGUUUCCGUCUCGCCACCUUGAUCGCCUAGUGGCCCUCACCACUGCCACCAACGUCACUCUCAGCGUCACUCUUCUUCCUUGUCAUCCGGCGCGUACGCUAGUGCUUUACGGGCGUUCUGCAACAACUUGUCGCGCGUCGCGGUAAGCGACAACUUUGCAUACGAACUAACGUUCUUGUUUCGUUUUUCAUCUUCAUCGCGAUAGUCCAGGUCGCCCUCCACAAGCCCCAGCGGGUCAUACUGAGACUCCACCAUGUUUGAUAGCAUGGAAGCCACACCGUCGCUCAGGAACGGGUAGGUGACCCUGUUGAGCAAACGGAGGCAGAUCGUGAAAACAGGAUCCUCCUCCGAGACACUCGACACACUUGAGACGCCAGGAUUGCUCUCGAUCUUCGCCCGCUUCUUCGCCUGACUCCCGAUCGUCUGACUCUCCUCCUUCACCUCAGAGGCGUUGCCUUUCUUCUUGGGCUUAAGAUUGUCUUUCAUUGUCGUGGCAUAGACGAACUUGCCGUCACGCGUUCUACCGCGCACAUUCAUGUAGAUGCGAAUGGUAUCACGGACAUCCGUGGAGCUCAGCGGUUUCGGAUCCCCACCAAUUUCACCGGUAGAUUUCCCCGCUGACGAGUUCCCAUCACUGUUCUUUCCGAACACAAACCAGGGGCAUAGUUUCUCCGUCGCUGCCCUGGAAAACCCACCAUCGACUGGGGAACGAUUCUUCACUUGAAUCAACAUCAUCAACACUUCCUGCUCCUCUUGUUCACCCCUCGUUGUCUCCCCACCGACUGGCCUGCUGUUGGAUCUCUUCUUAAACAUCGGGAUCAACAAAUCGGCUCCAUACUGGUUACGGGGGAAAAUACCUGCAGCUUGAAUGCCCGAGUUUUGCUUCCAGAAUCCUCCUAGUGUUGUCUCGGAAGUCCGGCCAAAUUGCCACCAAGUGUUUAGUGCGCUUUAUGGUAUUAAUAAAUGUGCGAACAAUAACUUCGGCGAUGCGGUACAUACCAUAGGUAAGAUACGACCACACGGGCCGCAUCGGCCCCAGCCGGGCGGCGUCCUGCCCGUGUCGUCCAGCUCCAAGCUCGAGAACAUCCGCGCCGGCAAGAAGAUCGUCACGCGCGAAGGACGCAUGGAGCCCGUGCCGACGCGCGCGCUCGAGACGAGCGAGAUCCCGGGCAUCGUGGCGGACUACCGCUCGGCCGCGGAGAACGCCCUCAAAGCGGGCUUCGACGGCGUCGAGCUGCACGCCGCCAACGGCUACUUGCUGGAGCAGUUCCUGCACGACGGCAUCAACGACCGCGCCGACCAGUACGGCGGCAGCGUCGAGAACCGCGCGCGCUUCCUGUUCGAGGCACUGGAGGCCAUCCUCGAGAGUCUGGACUCGUCCAAGGUGGGCAUCCGACUGUCCCCGUUCGGCGGCAGCUUCGGCGACAAGGACUCGGACCCCGUCGCCACCUACACGUACGUGCUGAACAGGCUCAACAACUACGACCUGGCCUACGCGCACCUGAUCGAGCCGCGUGGCUACCACGUGCGUGACCCGCUGGCACCCGAGAAGGGCUCGGCGCGGCAGUUCUGCGAGACGUACAAGGGCGUGCUCCUCGCCGCGUCGGGCUUCGACCGGCAGUCGGCCGUGCAGAUCGUGGAGGAGGGCGCGGCCGACGCCGUGGCCAUCGGCCGCCACUUCAUCUCGAACCCGGACCUGGUGCGGCGCUUCCAACUCAACAAGCCCGUGAACGACUACGACACGGACACGUUCUACCUCGGCGACGCGCGCGGGUACACGGACUAUAAUACCCGUUCCUGCAGGACGAGUAGGUAGAAGCGUGUCCUCAUUCGGCUCGAGCUGCAACUGCACAAAGUGGGUGAACCCCACGUACCAACCAUCCCACUUCGAGCACCACUUGUUGAAUUCUGGUCUCAAAUUCUCCUUGCUGAUCAUCUUCUCGAGAUAUAUCGACAUCUCCUCGUGGCCUGUUAGCACGUUCAAGAAAUCCUGCACCGGUACAAAUUGCCCGAUCGUAUGGUAGCACUGGGAAAAAUCUUUGUCCCCCAUCACACACGUGUCCAUCGCUAGAAGCAGCAGAAUGCGAGCAACCAUCUCGCCAAUUUCGCCAACUCCACCAGUGUCCAACGCUUCAUCCAAAAGGAGGUUCUUGAGUUGCGGUAGGAUAUACUUUGCCAGACCAUAUUUCAGUUCAUACCACACUUUCAUCGUUCCUAAGGCGAGCACUGGGUCCGAAGCGUAGCUGGUGACGUAACCCUCUCGUUUGAAGUUCACAUACGCGAGAAUCGCCAUGAAGUCAGCGGGGGCCCGAGAUGCCAAAGCCGACGUCGAAUGCGGUCGAACACCCAGUCGACAAAGCAUGGAGGCGACACCAAACAUGGUAUCCUUGUUGUACGCAUUUUGCGAAGGGGGAAUCCCCAGUAGCAGUUUAUUCGCC